CCUCUGCACACCAAUAAGUCUGUUAUUUCAGUCUCUCUCUCUGCUGCUUUUUCCCACUCAUACGGUUACUCUGCAUGAUCAUGAUACAGAAAGGUGUCACGAUCACACAUGCCCGCGGGAAUCUAAUCAAUUACCGCUACCUAUUUUUCUUCCAAAUGUUACCAUUUCUGUUACCAACUACACAAAUUCCAACACUUUUACAAUCAUAGGAUGCCACCAUCAAUCCCCUUUCCUCAAUUACUUUACUUCAUUUCACCAAAAUUCCUUCUAGAGUGGCCAUAGAUAAAGACAAUAAACAAUAUAAUAGAAAUUAGAUAAGGGUGAAAAUACACAAAAUCAUAGUGCAUAUAUUAUAUAUCUUUCAAGAUGAAGCCUUUUCUUUUUCUGCAAGCAGGUACGUACUAGCAGAUCGAUUCAAAUCAAACCAAUGAUUAAUCUUAACCACCCCAGCUUUUUCUUUUUCUCAAUUUCACUCGAGAAAUACAAUACAAUACGAUACGAUACAAAACAAAACAGAACAAAACUGCUUGGUAUAUAGCGAGAAGAGAGAUAAUUAAAUAAAGUAUAUGAUGUAUAUUAUUGACCAAGAUGCAAGGUCACACUACGAAAAAGGAAACUGAAACUCACUCUACCAUGCCACCAUUCUCUCAAAUCCCACCUUCUUCUUCUUCUUUUCUUCACCCUUCAACCAUUGCCGAAGCAACUGCUAACACCACCAGCAGAAAGCGUGUUAAGAGAACGAGUCACUCCAAUUGUGGGAGCGUUAACAUGGAACGUGAAAGAAGGUCCAAGAUGACUCAAAUGUUCACUCAGCUUCAAACCUCUGUCCCUGGUCUCUUACCUCAGGCCACAAGAGAAGUGAUAAUAAACGAGACAAUUGGGUACAUAAAGGAGCUUGAGAAGAAGAAGCAGAGAUUGGAGGAGUUGAAGAAGUUGAAGGAGACCAUGAAAGGUGUGGAAGGAUCAACGGUUGAAUGUGGUAACAAUAAUAGAAAUUGUUCACUCGUGGUUACUGUUUCUGAUAAUGUUGCAUUCUUUGGUAUUCAAUGGAUGCCUCGACCAGGUUUGGUGACACAAAUUUUGAAGGUGUUUUGCAAUCACCAAGCAGAGAUUUUGGCUGCAAAUGUGACUGUUAAUAAUGGGAAAUUGAUAUUGGCAAUCACAGCUUUGGUGCAAAACAAUGGAAACUGUGUGGUUGAAAAGAUUAAAAGAGAAAUUAUGGGUUUGUAGGAUCAAAACAAUUGCGUUAGAUCACAUGGUGUUUGAUUUUUGUACCUUGUCACAGAAGGAGCUAACCUGAUAUAGAUCAUGAUUAGUGUGAUUGUGAUGAACAUCACCACCAAAAAACAAUUACUAUGGUGUUUGAUUUUAUUUUUUAUUUUUAUUCUUGGUGAAGAAAUUGGAGAACAAUUUAAGUUA